AACUUCUGCCUUUCACCUGUGACUAUCCCAGUCUGCAGGAGAGCAACAAAUGGCCACAGCGCGUCCAUCUCAGCCCCCAAACCUGUGGUGGUCUCCCUGCUUGAAGGAGGGAAAGACCCCUGGAUCCCAGAUGUUCGUGGCCUGGAGGACAUGUCAGGAGACCUCAGCCCAGCAGGACAUGGAGUCACAACUGUUCAGGAGGGUCUACAGAAUUGUGAUGUGACUGAAAGGCAGUGUGGUAGUGUCUUGGUGGAAGAAAUCAGAAAGGAUAUCCAAGGGGAUCUGGAACGAGUAGAGCACCUCAAGAAGCAACAGGGAAACCCUGCAGGAGAGAUUGUGAGGAAUCUCCUGGACUGCAGCACAGGUCAAAAACAACCUGAAGAUGCAAGGAGUAAGGAAGUGUGCCAGGAAAAAGGACAGAACCCAAGUGCUGAGUGUGGAAAAAGCCUGAAAAGGAAUUCCAGCCUUGUUAACCACUGUUGUGUACUCUUAAUGAAGAGCUUGUACAAGUGUUCAGACUGUACAAAAAGCUUCAAAUGGAAAUCCCACCUCACCUUCCCUCAGCGCAUCCACACAGGAGAGAGACCCUUCAAAUGUCCUGAGUGUCCAGAGAGCUUCAGAACCAGUUUCCACCUCACCUGCCACCAGCACAUCCACGCAGGACAGAGACCCUUUAAGCACACGUCAGCAGUUUGUGACGUGGUUCGGCUCGGUUCUGUGACUGAUGAAGCAGGAGGAGCCAUGGACCCACGCCCCAGAAAAGGGAAAAUGGGAAAAGGAAAAAAGGGAAAGAGGAAAAGGGAAAAGAAUAGACAGAAAUGCCUAACAUCGAAACAGUGGCAAUGAUCUGAGGAGGAAAGCUAAUUUACUAGAAAAUAUAUCAGAAUGCAAGAUAACACAAUAUACUGUAAUCUAAUUGGAAUUGAAGUUAAUAAAUCAAAUAAAAAUGAGAGAGAGAGAGAGUUCAAAAGCUGAA